AAUUACCGUAUAAAGCGAAGGAAAGCGGGUUUCCUGAAAGGCGCCUUCCUUUUCCCAUCUGCACACUUCCGCCACAUCACAGCACCGCCGCCGGGACAGCUUUGCUUUCCCACCUCCUCGCGCCGCCGGGAUCCGCGUAGAGCUCGUCCUCCCCGCCGCCGCCGGCAGGAGCUCCCUCGCUCGCUUGCUCGCCGGGAACCCCGUCUCCCGCCGGCCGCCGCACCCUUCUCCGCCGUCAGAGGAAAGCAGCAGGCAAAGCGGAACAGCGCGGGCCGAGGAAGGGGUAGGUGAGGAGGGGAGAUGGCCGGCGCGGGGAGGAAGGUGGCAGUCGCCGCCGUGCAGUUCGCCUGCACCGACACGGUGGCCGACAACGUCGCCGCCGCCGAGAGGUUGAUUAGAGAAGCUCAUAAGAAAGGCGCGAACAUUGUCCUCAUUCAGGAGCUAUUUGAGGGGCACUAUUUCUGUCAGGCUCAAAGGAUGGAUUUCUUUGGGCGUGCCAAGCCUUAUAAAGAGAACCCGACUAUAAUGAGAAUGCAAAAGCUUGCAAAGGAGUUGGAUGUUGUAAUACCUGUAAGUUUCUUUGAAGAAGCGGGCAAUGCUCAUUACAAUUCCGUGGCCAUUAUUGAUGCUGAUGGCACCGAUCUUGGCCUAUACCGCAAAUCACACAUUCCAGAUGGACCAGGUUAUCAAGAGAAAUUUUAUUUCAACCCGGGUGACACUGGAUUCAAGGCUUUCAAAACCAAGUAUGCAACAAUUGGUGUUGGAAUUUGUUGGGACCAGUGGUUUCCAGAGACCGCAAGGGCUAUGGUGCUACAGGGGGCGGAGAUAUUGUUCUAUCCCACUGCUAUUGGUUCUGAACCCCAGGAUAUGAACCUGGAUUCCCGCGAACACUGGAAGCGUGUCAUGCAAGGCCAUGCCGGUGCUAACUUGGUUCCUCUUGUUGCUUCUAACCGGAUAGGAAAGGAAACUGUCGAGACUGAGCAUGGGAACAGCACCAUAAAAUUCUACGGGAACUCAUUCAUCGCAGGGCCAACUGGAGAAAUCGUGAAGCUUGCAAAUGACAAAGACGAGGAGGUGCUCGUGGCAGAGUUUGACUUGGACGAGAUCAAAUCUACGAGACACGGCUGGGGGAUAUUCAGGGACAGGCGUCCUGAUCUAUACAAAGUGCUACUGACGUUGGAUGGCAAGACAUCAUCAUCAUCCUAGGUUCCACUUUUAUGAAGACGACAUGAACUCCAGAAUGCUAUACUGGGAAAACACAGGGUCCGUAAGUCUAGCUUCCCCCUGCAAAAGAAAUGGUUUGCCUCUUUGCAACGUAUCCCCGUGUUUGCGACUCGGUGAUUUUCCACCAAUAGAGCAUUAAUAAAAUACUGUCAUGUAAGAGAAUAUUUGCUCCUACAAGUAUGAAGAUGAGGGAUCAAAGCAAUAUAAUAAUGAUGCAUCGCAUUUGUUGAAACA